AUGAGUGUUGACCUCCCCCCCUCAGACACGCCGUCUGGGAGUGAGCAAGGGAGCCCUGUCAAGCGCAGCGCGCCUUCGCUGGAGCAGCUCGCCGCACGGUAUCACAAAGACCGGCCAGCCACUGAAGAAGUGAAGCGGAGUCCGGACGCCGAGUCGGCGCCGAGCCUCCGACGCCUAGGCCUUGCUGGUCGUCUAGGAAAUGCAAGUGACUCCGCAAAGCAGACGCAGACAUGGACCAAGAGCAACGUCAUUCCCAGCCUGAAUGAAAUCCGCGCACGAUUGAAUCAGCGGGGCGUGGACGUCACCUCGUCGAAAUGGAGCAAGAGAGGCUCGAGUCCGACCAAGGAGCUGGAGGAGGUCGUACAGGAACUGUGCGCAGGCGCGCAGGAUCCGAAUGUUGAUGCGGCGGAGGGCGCGAAGGAGAGCGAGCCCAAGAAGGAAGCGCCCGCCGGGGAGAGUCACAGCGGGGAACUGAAUGCAACGGAAGAGAAGGCCAACGAGCCCGAGUCGAAUAUCACGAAAGAGGCGCCUGCCGCGCCCAGCAACGAAGGAAACGAAGCCCCUGCCCCUGCCCCCGAGUCGCAAAGCAGCGACACCCCCUCGACAGGGCCUGCGCUGUCUGGUAAAGAAGCAGCUGUUGCGGCCAAGUCCGGCAAGAAACACCCUCUGCAAAAUACAUGGACCCUCUACUACGACGGCCAGUCGCACCAAAAGCCAAGCAGCAGCGACCAGUACGAGUCCAAGCUCAAGUGCAUCGGGCACUUUAAGACGCUCGAGUCCUUCUUUGACACGUUUGCGACGCUGCACCGACCGAGCCAGCUUGGGCGGAAUACCAACUACCACCUGUUCAAGAACGGCAUUAAGCCGAUGUGGGAAGAUCCUGCGAAUGCCAAAGGGGGCCGCUGGGUGCUGACGCUGCGUGAGCAAGCGAACUCGGUCGGCGGCCGUGCGGCGCACGAAGCCAUCCUCGACCGCAGCUGGAUGUGGCUCGUGUUUGGCCUGAUUGGCGAGCACUUUGACGAGAAAGACCAAGUGACCGGUGCCGUAUGUUCGCUGCGAACCAAAGGCGACCGUAUUGCCCUCUGGCUCCGCGAGAAGGAGCCGGUGGAGGAUGUGAAUGCGCUGGGCGAGCGCUUCUUGCGCCUCCUCGAGAUCCACGAUUUGCCAAACACGAAUUUGGAGUUCUCGGUGAACGACGGCCCGAAAGGCAACUACAUGUCGGUGCGCAACGGCCCCAAGCCCAAACAGGAUCCCGUCGAGAUCGACGACAAGGAGCCUGCGCUCGAGACGUGGCUUGACAGCGAUAUCACGCUGCACCCACAAGACCAUGCGCGAUACUAUGCGCAGCAUGCGCACGGCAAGGAGGGUGAAAUGUAG